AUGGCCAGCGAAGGUAGACCGAGCUUGCCGCGACUGGUCUUCUCGAAGACGAAGGAGUAUGGCGCAGCUGCUCUACAGCGGUACAGGAAUCUCAACACAUACCAGAAGCUGUUUGUAUGGGGUACCAUCUGCUUGUAUCUCUCCCUGGCGACGUUCUUCAUAGUCAUCGGCCCUGACCGGAUCGGACAAGCCCUCUACAAUUUCGCGCAGAGGAUCAGCCACUUCCGCUUCGGCUGGCUCAUCCUAACAGCCAUCUUCUUCGUCAUCUCCUUCCCCCCUGCUGUCGGGCACACGACGUUGAUUACCCUCUGUGGAUACGCGUAUGGCAUGAAAGGCUUUCCAAUCGCAGCGGGCGGGUCACUGCUUGGCUCUGCCUUCACAUUCGUCGUCCUACGCCUCCUGUUCAGGAGGAGAUUGCGCAAGUGGUCCGAGUCUCACGAAACCUGGAAGGCGCUUGAGACCGUCAUCGCUGCGAAGGGUCUCCCUCUGAUCAUGCUCAUCCGAGCCUCCCCUUUCCCCCCGUGGGUGUACUCAAACGCCCUCUUUGCCUCCAUCCGGCCUGUUGCAUUGUGGCAGUUCUUCCUGGCGACAUUCGUCGUCUUUCCCAAGAUAGCUAUCUUCGUGUUCGUGGGCUCCCGGCUUGCAGACCUCUCAGACGGCGAAACGAGGUCACACAUGGACACGACAACCAAGAUCCUCAACGUGUCAAUAUCCGUUGGCGGCGUCGUUAUCGCAGCCCUUGCAAGUUGGAUUAUCUACCGUCUCAUGAAGAGGGAGAUUCUUCAUUUGAAGGGCGUUCCGCCAGAGGUCGACGAACUCGCCGCCGAAGCCAUUGAAGAGGCCGAAGAGGGUGCACCACUUCUCGGGCCUCAUAGUGAAUCCAGGGCAAGGUACGACGAUUCUUCUGCUUGA